AUGAAGAACGAGGAUGAUCUAAGGCAGGAUGUCGAAAGCGAGGAAAACAUUAUUUCCGCCGCGAAGAUCUGCCGCAUUCAGCACUUUGUUCUUGAUAGCAUGCCAGACAUGAGACGAGCAACUUCGGGUCGCUCUAACAAGCUUUUCCGCAUGGAUCAUACGAGCAGGUGGCAAAGCAAGACCUGUCUGUGGUCACUUGCCUCCUUCCUGGUCCCUCUUCCUUAUGACACCGAGCGUCCAUGUGAAUUGCAGCCAAGCAUUAUUCAAGGUCUCUUCUUCGCAAAUCUGGAUCUUCCGCAGUAUUGA